AUAAUGCUUCAGACACUGCCAGUAAUUUAUUCUAGCAGAAGUUACUGCAGUGUUCAGAUCGUAGCAAGAAAAACCGGAGAAAAUUUCUAUAUUUAGUGAAACGAAAAAGCCGACAAGUAGAAAACUACAAUCAAGAUGGAUAUUUUCAACGCACGUCUGGCAGAUGUGAUCCUGUCCGAGAAGUACUUUGUGGGCUUCAAGGAGACCUUCAAGGCCAUGCGCAAGGAGACGGCCAAGCUGGUGAUCAUCGCCGGCGACACUAACGUCGCAAUGAAGGCCGACAUCGAGAAGAAGGCCAAGUCGAAGAAGAUUGAGGCGCUGGUCUUUGCCGGCACCAUGAAAGAGCUGGGACGCGCCUGCGGCAAGUCCUUCAAAGUGAGCUGCAUGGCCAUCACUGAUCCAGAGGCUGCUGGGAUCAUUUGCGCUUUGGUCGAUGGCUGUUAAGUGUUUCUUCAACCAAAUAAUCAAUCAAAUCAAAUAAAAUGACAUGACAAUUA